UCCGGGAAGUUUCGGCUGGCUCUGUAACGGUCGGUUUCUUUUAAACAGUCGGACUCGCUUGAGGCCUGAGAGAGAACAGAAGGACACGGAGAAAAGGCAGAGAGAAGCAAACGAGAGAGAGAGAGACAGAGAGCGAGAGGAGUCCGACCGCGGAAUGACGGUGCUACAGGAACCCGUCCAGGCUGCUGUUUGGCAUGCGUUGAACCACUAUGCCUACAAUGAUGCAGUGUUUCUGGCAGAGAGACUGUACGCUGAAGUGCAUUCAGAGGAGGCGCUCUUCCUGUUAGCAACAUGCUACUAUCGUUCGGGGAAAGCCUACAAAGCAUACCACCUUCUCAAAGGCCACAGCUGCACCACGCCACAGUGCAAAUACCUCCUUGCCAAAUGCUGUGUGGACCUCAGCAAACUUGCAGAGGGAGAGCAGAUCCUUGCUGGAGGAGUGCUGAAUAAACAGAAGAGCCAGGAUGAUAUUGUCACAGAGUUUGGGGACUCCGCGUGCUUCACGCUAGCCCUGCUGGGGCAGAUCUACUGCAAAACAGACCGCUUGGCCAGAGGUUCAGAAUGUUACCAGAAAAGUCUGGGCUUAAAUCCAUUCCUCUGGUCCCCUUUCGAGUCCCUCUGCCAGAUUGGUGAAAAGCCAGACCCCGAGCAGGUGUUCAGGUUGACGUCAGUGCAGCCCAUCCACACGCCCAGCCACAGUGUGGCCCACAGGCAGGUGGACACGGUCCUGAUGGAAACACCACAGGACACUUUGGAACUGAAUAGGCUCAACCUUGAAUCUUCAAAUCCCAAGUACUCAUCACUAAACACGGAUUCCUCCAUGUCCUACAUUGAUUCCUCUGUAAUUUCCCCUGAUUCUGUACCCCUGGGCACCAGCAGCUCCCUGCUCUCCAAGCAAGCGCCCAAUAAGCCAAAAAGUGGGCGCAGCCUUCUAAGCGGGCCAGCGGCCCUUAGCCCUCUCACACCGAGUUUUGGAAUUCUGCCACUGGAACCCAGUCCAGGAGACUCCUCAUACCUGCAGAACUUCACAAACACAGGUUCAAUGAUGGACUCAGCCCCUCCUGGAGGCCCACCCAAGAAGUCCUUAGCCCGUAUCAGUCAAGCUGGAACAAAGUCAGUAUUUUCACAGAGUGGGAACAGCAGAGAAGUCACGCCUGUUCCUUUCAACCAAACACAAACAACUACUCCACAGACCAGUACAACACCUCAGGUGCUGAGCCCAACCAUUGCUGCGCCUCCCAAUAUUCAGCCAAGGAGGAGCUCCAGGCUUUUUACCAGCGCCAGUUCCACUGCCAAGGAGAACAGCAAAAAGCUAAAAAUGAAGUUCCCCCCAAAAAUCCCAAACCGAAAGACCAAAACGAAAACCAGCAAAGGGGGAAUGACUCCGUCCAACAUGAACGAGAGCUUGGAGAUUCUGAAGCUGGACUCGUCCAUCGUGUGUGAUGGAAAGGGAAGCAUGAUGCCUCCUCAGUUCCAAGCCUUCAAUCUCCAGAAAGCUGUAGCAGACGGACUCAUGAGCUUGAUGCGAGACAUUGGGAAGGGUUUCCUCGCACUUUGCUCCUACAACUGCAAGGAGGCAAUCAGCAUUCUCAGCCAGCUGCCAUCACACCAUUACAACACGGGCUGGGUACUCAGCCAGAUCGGGAGGGCGCAUUUCGAACUAGCUGAGUACAUGCAGGCAGAACGGGUUUUCUCCGAGGUGCGUCGUAUAGAGAGUUACCGUGUCGAAGGGAUGGAGAUCUACUCCACCACACUUUGGCACCUUCAGAAGGAUGUGGCCUUGUCAGCCCUGUCCAAAGAUCUCACUGACAUGGACAAGAACUCGCCUGAGUCCUGGUGUGCGGCAGGCAACUGCUUCAGCCUGCAACGGGAGCAUGACAUCGCUAUCAAGUUCUUCCAGAGGGCCAUCCAGGUAGACCCCAGCUUUGCCUAUGCUUACACGCUGCUGGGACACGAGUUUGUGCUCACAGAAGAACUAGAGAAGGCCCUGGCCUGCUUCCGGAACGCCAUUCGUGUCAAUACCCGUCACUACAACGCAUGGUACGGUUUGGGUAUGAUCUAUUACAAACAAGAGAAGUUCAACCUUGCAGAAAUUCACUUUAAAAAAGCCCUCAGUAUCCAUCCUCAGAGCUCUGUCCUCCUUUGUCACAUAGGAGUGGUGCAGCACGCCCUUAAGAAGUCAGAUCAUGCGUUAGAAACCCUGAAUAAAGCCAUUGGUCUUGAUCCCAAGAACCCACUAUGCAAAUUCCACAGGGCAUCCAUCCUUUUUGCAAAUGAGAAGUAUAAGGCGGCUUUGCAGGAACUUGAAGAACUGAAACAAAUAGUGCCCAAAGAGUCACUAGUAUACUUUUUAAUAGGAAAGGUUUACAAGAAGCUGGGCCAGACUCAUUUAGCUCUGAUGAACUUCUCCUGGGCAAUGGACCUGGAUCCAAAAGGGGCAAACAAUCAGAUCAAGGAGGCCAUAGAUAAGCGAUACCUUCCAGACGACGAGGAGCCGGUCACUGCCGAUGACUUUCCGUAUGAUUCAGCGGAAGCGGAGGAGUCACAGGAGAGCAGCAUGACGGACGCCGAGGACGCACAACUCCACACUGCGGAGGGGGACGAAGUCUUUUAACUUUCCCCAUGCCCACCGGGAUUCGGUCUCCUAAGUCUGCUCCAAGGGGAAAACAGAAUAAGUUGCUGCUAAUACAGUACCUCCUAAUUUUUUUCUUUUGUACCAUCUGCUGACUUUGUUUUGCUCCCCCCCCCAUGCCCCUUGAAUAUGCCUUGGAGAUCUGUCAACUCCUAUAGCAUUUAAACUGUCUGUUAGUCCCAUGUUCUCAUAGCCCAUUGCCAACUCCAGCCAAUGCAUGACCAUCAAAGACUGUCUUUGGCAUUUUAACAGACAGCUGUUGCUGCCUUACGUUCAGUAAAAGUAAAAGCCAUUUAUGGAUGUCUGUCUUAAUGUUUUUAUUAUCGUUGCUUUGAAUUGAAUAAAUAUCAGUGUAGGAACUGAGCCCUGUGGUUCUUCUCUCAUUGUGGAAUGUCAGAAUCAUGUGAACGUUGCUGAAAUUGUUCACCACUCGCCACAUGCAGUAUAAAUGUAUUCCUUAAGGUAUUAUGGUGGCCAGGACUAACGUUGACAUCUUCAGUUAUUUGGUUUGUAAUUUGGACAAAGAUCUGAGAACACUGAUUUCUGAUUCUGUGAAAAGUGUUUUUUUUUUUUUUUUCCCCUCUUCUUCUCCCCCCC